GGUGGCGGGGGACUCGGAGGCUGUGGUCGGGUUACAGGCACUGAUUGACUGACCGUCCGUCCGGAGGAGAAGGCGAACGACCAGGGGACAGAGCGUCUGCCGCCAUGUCUGACGGCGGAGGGACCGGCGGGGGCGGCGAGGACGGCUCGUCGGCCAUCGAGGCGGCGGUGCAGAACGUCGCCGACUCCUCGGUUUUGCAGAAACAUAUCCGCAAGCUGGUGCCGCUGCUGCUGGAAGAUGGCGGCGAGGUGCCGGCCUCGCUGGAGAGCGCCCUGGAGGAGAAGAGCGCCGUGGAGCAGAUGAAGAAAUUUCUCUCCGACCCCCAGAUGCACACCGUGCUGGUCGAGCGCACCACCUUGAAAGAGGAUGUUGGCGAUGAAGGAGAGGAGAAGGAGCACACCGCUUACUACAUUCACACAGACAUUCAUUAUGGGCUCAAAUCAAACAGUUUGGCUUUCAUCAAGCGUACUCCAGUAAUCGAUGCAGACAAACCAAUUUCAUCUCAAUUGCGUGUUAUAACACUCAGUGAAGAUUCUCCGUAUGAAACCUUGCACUCUAUCAUCAGCAAUGCAGUGGCUCCAUUUUUUAAAUCCUAUAUCCGAGAGUCUGGCAAAGCUGACAGGGAUGGUGAUAAAAUGGCGCCCUCUGUUGAGAAGAAGAUCGCAGAGCUGGAAAUGGGACUGUUGCAUCUGCAACAGAAUAUUGAGAUCCCAGAGAUCAGUCUCCCAAUCCAUCCAGUCAUUACUAAUAUAGCCAAACAGUGCUAUGAACGUGGAGAGAAACCUAAAGUGACUGACUUUGGUGACAAGGUGGAAGAUCCCACCUUUCUGAACCAGUUGCAGUCUGGUGUUAACCGUUGGAUUCGAGAAAUACAGAAGGUGACCAAGCUGGAUCGUGACCCUGCGUCAGGCACAGCACUGCAAGAAAUCAGCUUCUGGUUGAAUCUUGAACGAGCUCUGUAUCGUAUUCAAGAAAAACGAGAGAGUGGAGAAGUCCUCCUGACUUUAGAAAUCCUCAAACAUGGCAAGCGUUUCCACGCAACUGUCAGCUUUGACACAGACACCGGACUCAAGCAGGCAUUGGAAACAGUGAAUGACUAUAAUCCUCUGAUGAAGGAUUUCCCUCUGAAUGAUCUGCUGUCUGCCACUGAACUGGAUAAAAUCAGACAAGCUCUUGUUGCAAUCUUCACUCACCUUCGUAAAAUCAGAAACACCAAGUACCCUAUUCAGCGGGCAUUGCGACUGGUGGAAGCAAUUUCAAGAGAUCUUAGUUCUCAGCUGCUUAAAGUUUUGGGAACACGAAAAUUGAUGCACGUUGCUUAUGAAGAGUUUGAAAAGGUGAUGAUAGCUUGUUUUGAAGUGUUCCAAACUUGGGAUGAUGAGUACGAGAAGCUUCAGGUUUUGCUGCGAGACAUUGUUAAACGGAAGCGGGAGGAGAACCUUAAGAUGGUUUGGCGCAUCAAUCCUGCGCACCGAAGGCUGCAGGCUCGCCUUGACCAGAUGAGGAAAUUCAGACGGCAGCAUGAACAACUGAGGGCUGUGAUUGUGCGGGUACUUAGACCCCAGGUAACCGCUGUUGCUCAGCAAUCCCAAGGCGAAGGGACUGAACCACAGGACAUGAAAGUUGCAGAGGUCCUUUUUGAUGCAGCCGAUGCAAAUGCUAUCGAAGAAGUGAACCUAGCCUACGAAAAUGUCAAAGAGGUCGAUGGGUUAGACGUUUCCAAAGAAGGAACAGAAGCUUGGGAAGCAGCACUGAAGCGCUACGAUGAGCGAAUCGACAGAGUUGAAACGCGGAUCACUGCCCGUCUCAGAGAUCAGCUUGGCACUGCGAAAAAUGCCAAUGAGAUGUUCAGAAUCUUUUCUAGAUUCAAUGCUCUGUUUGUUCGUCCUCACAUUCGAGGUGCUAUUCGUGAAUAUCAAACUCAACUCAUCCAGCGUGUGAAGGAUGAUAUUGAAGCCUUGCACGAUAAAUUCAAAGUGCAAUACCCACAGAGCCAAGCUUGCAAGAUGAGUCAUGUCCGUGACUUGCCUCCUGUUUCUGGCUCCAUUAUUUGGGCGAAACAGAUUGAUCGCCAGCUCACGGCUUAUAUGAAACGUGUGGAAGACGUUCUUGGUAAGGGCUGGGAGAAUCAUGUCGAAGGCCAGAAGCUGAAACAAGACGGAGACAGUUUUCGUAUGAAGCUCAACACUCAGGAAAUCUUUGAUGAUUGGGCGAGGAAAGUCCAGCAGCGUAACCUCGGUGUCUCUGGUCGGAUCUUCACCAUAGAAAGCACACGUGCUCGUGGCCGGAGUGGGAAUGUUCUCAAAUUAAAAGUGAACUUCCUGCCUGAAAUCAUCACCCUUUCCAAAGAAGUUCGGAAUCUGAAAUGGCUUGGCUUCCGUGUUCCACUUGCAAUCGUCAACAAGGCUCACCAGGCCAACCAGCUCUAUCCAUUUGCUAUCUCGUUGAUUGAAAGCGUUCGUACCUAUGAGAGAACCUGUGAGAAGGUAGAAGAGCGAAUUUCAAUAUGUCUGUUAGUUGCUGGCUUGAAGAGGGAGGUUCAAGGGCUGAUAUCUGAAGGUAUUGCCUUGGUCUGGGAGUCUUACAAACUGGACCCCUACGUACAGCGCUUGGCAGAGAGCGUUUUCAGCUUCCAGGAAAAGGUGGAUGAUCUUCUGAUCAUUGAAGAGAAGAUAGACCUUGAAGUCCGUUCACUGGAAACCUGUGUGUACGAUCACAAAAUAUUUUCAGAAAUCCUGAACCGCGUUCAGAAAGCAGUUGAUGAUUUGAACCUCCAUUCGUAUUCCAACCUGCCAAUUUGGGUCAACAAGCUUGACAUUGAGAUCGAAAGGAUCUUGGGAGUUCGUUUACAAGCUGGUUUGAAGGCAUGGACCCAGGUUUUGUUUGGGAAUUCCGAUGACAAGGCUGAUGUUGAUAUGGAUACAGAUGUUCCACAGACCAGUCAUAAACCAGGAGGAGAUCCAAAGAUUAAGAAUAUAAUACACGAGCUUCACAUCACCAAUCAAGUAAUUUACUUGCACCCACCAAUUGAAGACUGCAGAUAUAAGCUGUACCAAGAGCUGUUUAGCUGGAAGAUGGUUGUUCUUACUCUCCCAAGGAUACAAAGUCAGCGAUACCAGGUUGGUUUUCAGUAUGAGCUAUCUGAAGAGGAGAAGUUCUACAGGAAUGCACUGACUCGAAUGCCAGAUGGACCAACUGCUUUGGAGGAAGCUCAUGAAGCUGUCAUGGGAAUUGUCAGGGAGGUUGAAAAAUACGUAAAGGUUUGGCUUCAGUACCAAUGUUUGUGGGACAUGCAACCUGAAAACAUCUACAACCGUCUGGGCGAGGAUCUGAACAAAUGGCAAGCUUUACUGGUCCAAAUCAGAAAAGCCAGAGGAACGUUUGACAAUGCAGAAACCAGGAAGGAUUUUGGUCCUGUUGUUAUUGAUUAUGGAAAGGUACAAUCAAAGGUGAAUCUAAAGUACGAUUCCUGGCAUAAGGAAGUUCUCAGCAAAUUUGGACAAAUGUUGGGUCAAAACAUGACUGAGUUCCAUUCACAGAUAUCCAAGUCCCGUCAAGAGCUGGAGCAACACUCAGUGGAUACUGCAAGCACCUCUGAUGCAGUGACCUUCAUAACCUAUGUGCAGUCUUUGAAACGCAAGAUCAAACAGUUUGAGAAACAAGUAGAUCUCUAUCGCAAUGGCCAGCGUUUGUUGGAAAAGCAGCGAUUCCAGUUUCCUCCAUCGUGGCUUUACAUUGAUAACAUAGAGGGGGAAUGGGGAGCUUUCAACGACAUCAUGCGCAGGAAGGACAGUGCUAUCCAACAACAGGUGGCUAACCUACAGAUGAAGAUUGUUCAGGAGGAUCGUGCAGUGGAAAGCCGUACCAUUGACCUCAUGGGCGAAUGGGAGAAAACUAAGCCUGUGGCUGGAAAUCUUCGUCCAGAGGAAGCCUUGCAAGCUCUAACUAUUUAUGAAGGCAAGUUUGGUCGCCUGAAAGAUGACCGAGAGAAAUGCGCUAAAGCCAAAGAGGCUUUGGAGCUGACAGAUACAGGACUGCUCAGUGGAAGUGAAGAACGGGUGCAGGUUGCUUUGGAAGAACUCCAGGACCUGAAGGGAGUUUGGUCUGAGCUGUCUAAAGUAUGGGAGCAAAUUGACCAGAUGAAAGAGCAACCCUGGGUUUCUGUACAGCCGCGCAAGCUUCGUCAGAAUUUAGAUGGGCUACUGAACCAACUGAAGAACUUCCCAGCUCGUCUUCGACAGUAUGCAUCGUAUGAGUUUGUGCAGAGACUUCUGAAGGGUUAUAUGAAGGUGAACAUGCUGGUAAUUGAGCUGAAGUCUGAGGCCUUGAAGGACCGUCACUGGAAGCAGCUGAUGAAACGGCUACAUGUUAACUGGGUAGUGUCCGAAUUAACAUUGGGUCAGAUCUGGGAUGUAGAUCUGCAGAAAAAUGAGGCUAUUGUCAAGGAUGUGCUAUUGGUGGCACAGGGAGAAAUGGCUUUGGAAGAAUUCUUGAAACAGAUUCGAGAAGUUUGGAACACAUACGAACUGGACCUAGUGAACUAUCAAAACAAGUGUCGAUUGAUCCGUGGUUGGGAUGAUCUUUUCAACAGAGUAAAAGAACAUAUCAACAGCGUAUCUGCCAUGAAGCUCUCUCCCUAUUAUAAGGUUUUCGAAGAGGACGCCUUAAGCUGGGAAGAUAAGUUAAAUCGCAUAAUGGCACUCUUUGACGUCUGGAUUGAUGUGCAGCGUCGCUGGGUGUAUCUUGAAGGCAUCUUUACAGGAAGUGCUGACAUUAAACACCUGCUGCCUGUGGAAACUCAGCGAUUCCACAGCAUCAGCACCGAGUUCCUUGCACUCAUGAAGAAAGUUUCCAAGUCUCCACUUGUGAUGGAUGUCCUGAAUAUUCCAGGGGUGCAGCGGUCACUGGAACGGCUGGCAGAUCUGUUGGGCAAGAUCCAGAAGGCUUUGGGAGAAUACCUGGAGCGAGAAAGAUCUUCUUUCCCUCGGUUUUACUUUGUUGGCGACGAAGACUUAUUGGAGAUCAUUGGUAAUAGCAAGAAUGUGGCUAAGUUACAAAAACAUUUUAAGAAGAUGUUUGCUGGUGUUUCCAGUAUCAUUCUCAAUGAAGAUACCACUGUUGUCUUGGGAAUUGCAUCACGUGAAGGAGAAGAGGUCUAUUUCAAGACUCCCGUUUCGAUCACAGAACACCCGAAGAUCAAUGAAUGGUUGACCCUGGUGGAGAAAGAAAUGAGGGUCACUCUCGCCAAGCUUCUGGCUGAGUCUGUCACUGAAAUUGGGAUCUUUGGUAAAGGCACUUCAAUUGACCCAACCCACUACAUUUCCUGGAUUGACAAGUACCAGGCUCAGCUUGUCGUCCUUUCAGCUCAGAUUUCAUGGUCUGAAAAUGUUGAAAGUGUACUGAAUAACACUGUCAGUGGUGCACCUCAAUCCCCACUUCCUUCAGUGUUGACCAAUGUUGAAGCGACUCUAACAGUGCUAGCAGAUUCUGUGCUGAUGGAACAGCCACCACUCCGUAGGAGAAAACUUGAGCACUUGAUCACUGAAUUAGUGCAUCAGAGAGAUGUAACCAGAAAUCUAAUUAAGAACAAAGUAGAUCAGCCCAAAUCCUUCGACUGGCUCAGUCAAAUGCGGUUCUACUUUGACCCCAAGCAAACAGAUGUGUUGCAGCAGUUGUCUAUACAGAUGGCUAAUGCUAAAUUCAACUAUGGUUUUGAGUACCUUGGUGUCCAGGAUAAACUGGUACAGACACCCCUCACAGAUCGUUGUUAUCUAACGAUGACACAGGCUCUGGAAGCCCGACUUGGGGGCUCUCCCUUUGGUCCUGCUGGUACUGGAAAAACUGAAUCAGUCAAGGCUCUCGGACACCAGCUUGGACGCUUCGUUCUGGUCUUCAACUGCGAUGAAACCUUUGAUUUCCAGGCUAUGGGUCGUAUCUUUGUGGGUCUCUGCCAAGUGGGAGCCUGGGGUUGCUUUGAUGAAUUUAACCGUCUUGAAGAGCGUAUGUUGUCGGCUGUGUCCCAGCAAAUUCAAUGCAUCCAGGAGGCACUCCGCGAGCACUCCAACCCCAACCGUGACCGAAGUCACUGUAUCACCACUGAGUUAUUGAACAAGCAAGUAAAGGUCCGAGCAGAUAUGGCCGUCUUCAUUACAAUGAAUCCUGGUUAUGCUGGUCGAUCCAACCUUCCAGAUAACUUGAAGAAACUUUUCCGUAGCUUGGCAAUGACCAAACCAGAUCGUCAACUUAUUGCACAGGUUAUGUUGUAUUCCCAAGGUUUCCGUACUGCUGAAGUCCUGGCAAACAAGAUUGUUCCAUUCUUCAAGCUAUGUGAUGAGCAGUUGUCCUCCCAGAGCCACUAUGACUUUGGUCUGCGGGCCCUGAAGAGCGUGUUAGUGAGUGCAGGUAACGUAAAGCGAGAGCGGAUUCAGAAAAUAAAGAAGGAGAAGAGAGAACGUGGCGAAGAUGUUGACGAGGCGGAUAUUGCAGAGAAUUUGCCUGAACAAGAGAUCCUGAUCCAGAGUGUUUGUGAGACAAUGGUGCCCAAACUGGUUGCGGAAGACAUUCCACUGCUCUUCAGUCUUUUGUCUGAUGUAUUCCCUGGGGUACAAUACCACCGUGGAGAAAUGACUGCAUUGCGUGAAGAGCUGAAGAAAGUUUGUCAGGAAAUGUACCUUACCUAUGGUGAUGGAGAAGAUGUUGGUGGCAUGUGGGUCGAGAAGGUGCUUCAACUGUAUCAAAUCACUCAGAUAAACCAUGGCUUAAUGAUGGUUGGGCCAUCAGGCAGUGGAAAGAGCAUGGCCUGGCGGGUCUUACUGAAGGCCCUUGAAAGACUUGAGGGAGUGGAAGGAGUUGCACACAUCAUUGAUCCCAAAGCUAUUAGCAAAGACCAUCUCUACGGAACACUAGACCCAAACACCAGAGAAUGGACUGAUGGGUUGUUCACACAUGUGCUUAGAAAGAUUAUUGACAACGUUCGAGGCGAACUGCAGAAACGCCAGUGGAUCAUAUUUGAUGGCGAUGUGGACCCUGAAUGGGUAGAGAAUUUGAAUUCUGUGUUGGAUGAUAAUAAGCUGCUCACCUUGCCCAACGGAGAGCGUCUCAGCCUGCCACCUAAUGUGCGGAUUAUGUUUGAAGUGCAAGACCUGAAAUAUGCUACAUUGGCCACUGUGUCCAGAUGUGGUAUGGUAUGGUUCAGCGAAGAUGUGCUCAGCACCGAUAUGAUCUUCAACAACUUUAUAGCCAGACUGCGCAAUAUUCCACUAGAUGAAGGGGAAGAUGAGGCCCAGCGUAGACGUAAAGGCCAAGAGGAUGAGGAAGAGGCUGCUUCUCCAAUGCUCCAGAUCCAGAGAGAUGUAGCGACUGUUUUGCAACCAUACUUCACUUCAAAUAGCCUGAUUAUCAAAGCAGUGGAACAAGCUUCUAAGAUGGAACAUAUAAUGGAUUUUACACGACUGCGUUGUCUUAGCUCUCUAUUCUCCAUGAUGAACCAAGCUUGCCGCAAUAUUGCCCUCUAUAACGCCAAUCAUCCUGAUUUCCCAAUGCAAAUUGACCAGUUGGAGAGCUACAGCCAGAAAUACCUGAUAUAUGCCAUUCUGUGGUCGAUCUCUGGUGAUUCUCGUUUGAAGAUGAGAGCAGAACUUGGUGAAUACCUCAGACGAAUUACCACCAUUCCAUUGCCAAGCACUCCCAACAUGCCCAUCAUUGACUUUGAGGUCUCCAUCAGUGGAGAGUGGAUUCCUUGGCAGUCAAAGGUACCACAGAUUGAAGUUGAGACUCACAAAGUUGCUGCUCCAGAUGUUGUAGUACCAACCUUGGAUACAGUUCGCCAUGAAGCCCUUCUCUACACAUGGCUGGCUGAGCAUAAACCGUUAGUCUUAUGUGGGCCACCUGGUUCUGGCAAGACUAUGACCCUGUUCAGUGCACUGAGAGCACUGCCAGACAUGGAGGUUGUAGGUCUGAACUUCUCCAGCGCAACUACACCUGAGCUGGUUCUGAAAACGUUUGACCAUUACUGCGAAUACCGCCGAACACCAAACGGAGUGGUUUUGGCACCCGUUCAGCUCGGCAAAUGGCUUGUGCUCUUCUGUGACGAAAUCAACCUUCCAGACAUGGACAAGUAUGGGACUCAGAGAGUUAUAUCCUUCAUUAGACAGAUGGUGGAACAUGGUGGUUUCUACCGCACUUCAGAUCAGACCUGGGUUAAAUUGGAACGAAUCCAGUUUGUCGGAGCUUGCAAUCCACCGACUGACCCAGGAAGGAAACCACUUUCACACAGGUUCCUACGUCAUGUGCCUGUUGUGUAUGUGGACUAUCCAGGCGCAGCUUCUCUUACACAAAUUUACGGGACAUUCAACCGUGCUAUGCUGAGACUCAUCCCUUCCCUGCGAACAUUUGCAGAACCUCUCACUGCAGCCAUGGUGGAGUUCUACACUAUGUCACAGGAGCGCUUCACCCAAGACACCCAGCCUCAUUACAUUUACUCUCCCCGUGAAAUGACACGUUGGGUGAGAGGCAUCUUUGAAGCCUUGAGGCCAUUAGAAACUCUGGCUGUGGAAGGUUUAAUCAGGAUCUGGGCACAUGAGGCACUACGCUUAUUCCAAGACAGACUUGUGGAAGAUGAGGAGAGGCAGUGGACUGAUGAGAAUAUUGAUGUCGUGGGACUGAAACAUUUCCCUAAUAUCGACAAAGAGAAAGCUCUGACAAGACCAAUUUUGUACAGCAACUGGCUCUCAAAGGAUUAUAUUCCAGUGGACCAGGAAGAGCUCCGAGAUUAUGUCAAAGCCAGACUCAAAGUUUUCUAUGAGGAAGAGCUGGAUGUCCCCUUGGUGUUGUUUAAUGAAGUUUUGGAUCAUGUACUCAGAAUUGACAGGAUAUUCCGUCAACCACAAGGUCAUUUGUUGCUUAUUGGAGUCAGUGGUGCCGGGAAAACCACCCUCUCUCGUUUUGUUGCCUGGAUGAAUGGCCUCAGUGUUUAUCAAAUAAAGGUUCAUAGGAAGUAUACAGGGGAGGACUUUGAUGAAGAUCUGAGAACAGUAUUGAGGCGUUCAGGUUGCAAGAACGAGAAGAUCGCUUUUAUCAUGGAUGAGUCCAACGUAUUAGAUUCCAGCUUCUUGGAACGUAUGAACACCCUGUUGGCCAACGGUGAGGUGCCUGGGCUGUUUGAAGGAGAUGAGUAUGCUACCUUAAUGACACAAUGUAAGGAAGGUGCUCAGAAGGAAGGCUUGAUGCUGGAUUCUCAUGAAGAGCUGUACAAGUGGUUCACUGGUCAGGUUAUCCGCAACCUUCAUGUUGUGUUUACCAUGAAUCCAUCAUCUGAGGGAUUGAAGGACAGAGCUGCUACUUCUCCAGCUCUCUUCAACAGGUGUGUAUUGAACUGGUUUGGAGACUGGUCUACUGAAGCCCUGUAUCAAGUUGGCAAAGAGUUCACAAGCAAAAUGGACCUUGAAAAGCCCAACUAUGUUGUACCUGACUACAUGCCAAUUGUGUAUGACAAGCUUCCCCAGCCACCAUCCCACAGAGAGGCUAUUGUCAACAGCUGUGUCUUUGUUCAUCUAACACUGCACCAGGCAAAUGCUCGACUGGCAAAACGUGGAGGAAGAACAAUGGCCAUCACUCCUCGCCAUUAUCUGGACUUCAUAAAUCACUAUGCCAACAUGUUCAAUGAAAAGCGCAGUGAGCUGGAGGAGCAGCAGAUGCAUUUGAACGUUGGUCUGCGAAAGAUUAAGGAGACAGUAGACCAGGUUGAAGAAUUGCGACGUGACUUAAGAAUCAAGAGCCAGGAACUGGAGGUUAAAAAUGCAGCAGCUAACGAUAAGUUGAAGAAAAUGGUGAAAGAUCAGCAAGAAGCUGAAAAGAAAAAGGUUAUGAGUCAAGAAAUUCAGGAGCAGCUGCACAAGCAACAAGAAAUCAUUGCAGACAAGCAGAUGAGAGUAAAGGAAGAUCUGGACAUGGUAGAGCCUGCAGUCAUUGAGGCUCAGAAUGCUGUAAAAUCAAUCAAGAAACAGCAUUUGGUAGAGGUUCGUUCAAUGGCAAACCCGCCAGGUGCAGUGAAGCUAGCACUCGAGUCCAUCUGUCUGCUCCUGGGCGAAAGUACAACUGACUGGAAGCAGAUCCGAUCGAUCAUUAUGAGGGAAAACUUCAUCCCAACCAUUGUAAAUUUUUCAGCUGAUGAAAUCAGUGACGUGAUUCGAGAGAAGAUGAAGAAGAACUACAUGUCCAAUCCAAGUUACAACUAUGAAAUUGUCAACCGAGCAUCUUUGGCUUGUGGGCCAAUGGUGAAGUGGGCUAUUGCACAGCUCAAUUAUGCUGAUGUGUUGAAGCGAGUGGAGCCUCUGCGCAAUGAACUACAGAAACUUGAAGAUGACGCAAAGGAGAACCAACAGAAGGCUGAUGGAGUGGAGCAAAUGAUCCGUGACCUGGAGAAUAGCAUCGCUCGCUACAAAGAGGAGUAUGCAGUUUUGAUCUCUGAAGCCCAGGCCAUUAAGGCUGAUUUAGCAGCUGUGGAAGCCAAGGUGAACCGAAGUACAGCACUGCUGAAGAGUUUGUCUGCUGAACGAGACCGCUGGGAAAAGACAAGUGAAACAUUUAAGAAUCAGAUGGCUACGAUUGCUGGAGAUUGUUUGCUGUCAGCUGCUUUCAUGGCGUACGCAGGAUACUUUGAUCAGCAAAUGCGUCAAAAUCUGUUCACAACUUGGGCGCAUCACCUACAACAAGGAAACAUUCUGUUCCGUACAGACAUUGCAAGAACAGAAUACCUUUCUAAUGCUGAUGAGCGGUUGCGCUGGCAAGCAAAUUCUCUACCUGCGGAUGAUCUGUGCACAGAAAAUGCUAUCAUGCUAAAACGGUUCAAUAGGUACCCAUUGAUUAUUGACCCAUCUGGACAGGCCACUGAGUUCAUCUUAAAUGAGUACAAGGAGCGUAAGAUUACCCGGACCAGCUUCUUGGACGAUGCUUUCAGAAAGAACUUGGAGAGCGCGCUGCGAUUUGGUAACCCACUACUUGUCCAGGAUGUUGAAAGUUAUGAUCCGAUCCUGAAUCCUGUGCUGAACCGUGAGGUUCGCAGGACUGGGGGUAGAGUGCUCAUCACUCUUGGCGAUCAAGAUAUCGACUUGUCACCAUCAUUUGUCAUUUUCCUCUCCACCAGAGAUCCAACUGUUGAAUUCCCACCAGAUCUUUGCUCCCGUGUUACAUUUGUCAACUUCACAGUAACUCGGAGCAGUUUGCAGAGCCAGUGUUUGAAUGAGGUGCUGAAGGCGGAGAGACCAGAUGUGGAUGAGAAGCGCUCAGACCUGUUGAAACUGCAAGGUGAAUUCCAGGUCCGUUUACGCCAGUUGGAGAAGUCAUUGCUUCAAGCAUUGAACGAGGUUAAAGGCCGGAUCUUGGAUGAUGAUACCAUCAUCACGACCCUGGAAAAUCUGAAGAGGGAAGCCGCGGAGGUCACCAGGAAGGUUGAAGAAACGGAUAUUGUUAUGGCAGAGGUAGAAGCUGUAUCACAACAGUACUUGCCACUCUCUACAGCUUGCAGCAGCAUCUAUUUCACUAUGGAGGCUCUAAACCAGAUCCAUUUCCUGUACCAGUAUUCACUUCAGUUCUUCCUGGACAUUUAUCACACUGUUCUGUAUGAGAAUCCAAACUUGAAAGGAGUUACAGACCAUACACAACGCCUGUCUAUUGUCACUAAAGAUCUAUUUCAGGUUGCAUUUAACAGAGUGGCACGUGGCAUGUUACACAGUGAUCAUAUCACCAUUGCAAUGCUAUUGGCUAAGAUCCGCCUGAAAGGUGUUACUAGUGAACCAUCGUAUGACUCCGAGUUCCAGCACUUCCUCCGAGGCAAAGAGAUUGUGCUGAAUGGUUCAUUGUCAAAGGUACAGUGUCUCACUACAGAACAAAUAGAGAGCAUGGAGAGGCUCAGCCGCUUAUCUGCCUUUGCAGACAUCAUUUCCAAAGUCCAGAUGGAUAAUCAAUUUAACAUCUGGCUGGAGAGCAGUUCACCUGAACAGACUGUACCUUAUCUGUGGAUUGAAGAAAACCCUUUCACUCCAAUUGGACAAUCAAUGCAUCGACUGCUUAUGAUCCAGGCUUUCCGACCAGAUCGCCUCCUGGCAAUGGCUCACACCUUUGUAGUUGCUGUUUUGGGAGAUACUUUCAUGUCAACUAUUGAGCAGCCAUUAGACUUGUCAGCUAUUGUUGAUAAUGAGGUGAAACCAAACACUCCCGUUCUGAUGUGCUCCGUGUCUGGUUACGAUGCCAGUAGUCAUGGAGAGGACCUUGCAGCUGAACAAAACACACAGAUUUCAUCUAUUGCCAUUGGUUCAGCCGAGGGGUUCAAUCAAGCAGAAAAGGCCAUCAACACAGCCGUCAAAUCUGGCAGGUGGGUGAUGCUGAAGAAUGUACACCUUGCUCCGGGUUGGCUCAUGCAACUGGAGAAGAAACUGCAUUCCUUGCAACCUCAUGCCAGCUUCCGCCUCUUUCUCACAAUGGAGAUCAACCCCAAGAUUCCAGUGAACUUGUUACGUGCUGGUCGUAUCUUUGUAUUUGAACCUCCUCCUGGUGUGAAGGCCAACAUGCUGAGGACCUUCAGUAGUAUCCCUGUUGCCAGGAUGUGCAAAGCUCCAAAUGAGCGUGCACGUCUAUACUUCCUCCUGGGCUGGUUCCAUGCGAUUAUACAAGAACGUCUGCGAUAUGCUCCUUUGGGAUGGUCCAAGAAGUAUGAGUUUGGAGAAUCAGAUUUGAGAUCUGCGUGUGAUACUGUGGACACCUGGCUGGAUGACACAGCAAAGGGACGCCAGAACAUAUCUCCUGAUAAGAUUCCUUGGGCUGCUCUUAAGACACUGAUGGCACAAUCAAUUUACGGAGGACGUGUUGACAAUGAGUUUGACCAGCGGUUGCUGAACUCUUUCUUGGAGCGUCUCUUCACAACUGCUAGCUUUGACAGUGAAUUCAGGCUGGCCUGCAAAGUCGAUGGACACAAAGAUAUUCUAAUGCCAGAUGGCAUCAGGCGCGAGGAGUUCAUUCAGUGGGUUGAAAUGCUACCUGAUGCGCAGACUCCAUCUUGGCUGGGCUUGCCAAACAAUGCAGAGAAAGUGCUGCUAACCACACAGGGCACCGACAUGCUCAGCAAAAUGCUGAAAAUGCAGAUGUUGGAGGAUGAGGAUGACCUGGCUUACGCAGAGACCGAGAAGAAGCAGCGGACAGGUUCCACUUCAGACGGCCGGCCAAUCUGGAUGCGAACCCUCCAUACCACAGCCUGUAACUGGCUCGAUGUCAUCCCGAAGUCGCUGAACUAUCUCAAGCGUACGGUGGAGAACAUUAAGGAUCCACUGUUUAGGUUCUUUGAGAGAGAGGUUAAGAGUGGAGCCAAAUUGCUUCAGGAUAUUCGCCAAGACCUAGCUGAUGUCGUCCACGUAUGUGAGGGCAAGAAGAAACAGACCAACUAUCUGAGGACACUCAUCAGUGAAAUGGUGAAAGGAAUCCUGCCUCGUAGCUGGGCCCGCUACACAAUUCCUGCUGAUAUGACUGUGAUCCAGUGGGUGGGUGACUUCAGUGACCGUAUAAAGCAGUUGCAGCACAUCUCUCAGGCAGCAGCCACCGGAGGAGCUAAGGAAUUAAAGAAUAUCCAUGUUUGGAUUGGUGGCUUAUAUGCACCUGAGGCGUAUAUCACAGCAACACGGCAGUACGUGGCUCAAGCAAACAGUUGGUCACUGGAGGAACUUUGUCUGGAAGUCACUGUUUCAAACAGUCAAACACAGUUACUUGAUGCUUGCAGUUUCGGGAUAACUGGUCUGGGGCUUCAGGGUGCCACAUGCAACAACAAUAAACUGUCCUUGUCCAAUUUAAUCUCUACCGAAUUGCCUCUUACACAACUAAGUUGGGUUAAAGAGACCUAUGCUGAAAAGAAAGCUAACGUGGUGACGCUUCCUGUGUAUCUGAACUUCACCCGGGCUGACCUAAUCUUCACUGUUGACUUUGAAAUCGCUACCAAGGAAGAUUCUCGCAGCUUCUAUGAACGCGGUGUUGCAGUCUUGUGCACAGAAUGAAUAUAAACUUAUUGCUGUUCGGAAACAUGUCAUAAAUUUAGCAGAUAAUUGUAUUGCAUGUGCUAAUCUUUAGAAGUAACUGAGUAGUUGUAUCCCUUUCAACAUAAUGAGCGAUUCCAGAAAGAUUUUGUAAAAGUGAUUAGAUGGUAUGAGAAGAGAUGGUUUGAGAUUGAGGAGCUAAUGUGUUGUGUGUAAAGAUGGCUGAUGGAUUUGGUGGAGUUUGUGAUAGAGUUGGAAGAUGUUCUGUAGUAGAUGGUUUUACGGUGACUAUAAAAUGAUACAUCAUGAUUGUGGAGUCUGAAAAUGCAUUUCUGGAAUUAAAUUUCCAACAGGACUUGGAAAUAUUAACCCAU